AUGGCGUGUGUGGGCGGGAGUGAUGGUGCGGUGGAGGCUGUGAUCCUUAGCAGCAGCAUAGAUGAGCAGCAACAGCAGCAGUCAACCUCAGGAGGAAUGGGGAGGCGCAGGCGUGGUGGUGAGCAGAGCAAGGUGAAGCCAGCCAGCGGUGUCCUCAGAGGAGAGAAGUUAGAGUGUCAGCAGUGUGACAAAACAUUUGGGUCCAGACAGGGGCUGUGGUACCACGUCCUCACACACAAAGGCGUCAGAAAUUACACGUGUGAUGAGUGUGGAAAGAAAUUUAUACAAAAAUCUGACCUCACCUCACACAUACUAACACACAGUGGCGUUAGGAAUUAUAAGUGUGAUGAAUGUGGCAAGAAAUUCACCAAGAAGUCUUCCCUCACCACACACAGCCUGGCACACAGCGGUGGUAACAUUAGAAAUCAGGAGUGUGAGCUGUGUGGCAAGAAAUUCAUCAAGAAAUCAAACCUCAGCAGACAUAUUGAGGCACACACCGGUGCUAGGAACCAUGUGUGCUCUGUGUGCGGGGGAAAGUUCACCCAAAAGUCUUCCCUAAACAUGCACGUCCGGACCCACAGUGGUGUUAGGAGCUUCCAGUGUGGUGAGUGUGGGAAGACAUUUAUCAGAAAAUCCCAUCUAACCUCACACAGCUUGACUCACCGUGGGGCAAACACUUCAAGGCAAAGCAAGUGA